CAUCGGCCUGUGGGCAAUGUUUUUGAUGUAAUCCAUUUGGACUUCAAGGCUUUGGAUAAAGUCUCCCAUGGGAACUGAUAGCGAAGAUGUUUUUGUAGCUGGGAAGCCCUGUGAUUGUGAUGUAGUGGUAGAGUGUCGGGCCGGUGACCCAACGUCUCUGGAAGUGAAGCUGACCAAUCAGAGCAAGGGCACAGUCGGUCCUUUUGCUCUCACUGUCAUUCCAUACCAGGACUAUCAAAACGGCGUCCAUAACAAUGAUCUUGGAAAUGCCGUUACUUCAAUUGGAUCGAAUACAUUCUACAUAGAUGCGGUGAAAUCCACUGAAGAUUGUGUUUGCAGUGGAGCUCUCCUAUUCCUGUAUGCUGGAGAUUACUACUUGAAUAUAAAAUUUCACGAUGACAACUCAAAUAGGGAGCUGCCCCUUUCUUGGUUCUGCUUGCCAAGUGUUCAUGUGCGUGCCAUGGACCCAAUUCAGCAAGCAAAAUUUUAAAUUUAUAUGAAAGAAAAUAUUAUAAGAUUUAGUGAGUUAGAUCAUUGUAAAUAUUGACUAACCAGUCAUAUCUGCCAACAAAAUCUCACUGAAUAUUCUGGUUUAAAAUUACGCUGGCAUUCGUCCAAAUAAAAAGCUUCUAGAUUUUUCUGUAAAGCUUGCUUAGCCAAAUUUUUACAUAUCCAAGGGAUUAAUAACUACUGUCAGUAAAAUUAAUUGUUAGUAAUAAACCUCUAUUAUAGAGGAGUCAGGUUGUACCUUUGAAUGAAAUAAAAGACACUUGAUCAUAGGUUGGUACACUGCCUGUUCUCUAAUCAGAACCUUGUUAAAAUUAUAAAGACAAAUUUACAUUUCUUGGCAUGGUUAGGUAAGAAAAUGGUGCACAAUGACAUUUAGUUGUUAAAUUUGUUUCAUAGAUUUUAGCUCUUAAGAAUAAUGGGAAUAGAAGGAAGGUUGACAGAUAAUAUCAGUGUUGUAAUUAUGAAGGCAUGUAUUCUUUACAAGUCUGAUAUGACAAUGCUGUAAAGCUCAGUCUUAAUGCUCAGUUAGUUCUUCAUCUUUCCCACUUGGUGCACUGUUCAAAUGUAUGGGCACAAUGUCUUGAAGGUCUGUUAUAUCUGUAUGAUACCUACAGUUGUUUUUGAGAGUAAGGCAACAUGUCCUGUUCACACUGCAAUGAAUUAGCUGCAGCCCUUCAGAGGUAUUCAUUAACUUUUCCUUUCUUCCCCCCUAAGAUGUUAGUAAAACCAUUUUUAAUCUUACCAAUAAACAAUUUAAAAGAAAACAACUGGAAAGCCAGUUACAAACUCAGGGUUUUUUUACAUUUCAAAAUUGUUGUGAUUUAUGAAUAAUCAAUUUCAUGAUUACUUUGCAGUAGAAUAUCUGCAAUUAUUAUAACAUAAUUAGUGGGAUUAUGCCACAGUUUCAGUUGCAGUGUUAACAAGGCAAUGUCUUUCUUGUUCAUACAAAAUUCAGGAACUACUGUAACUGGCAUCUCUGUACAGAAACCUAACGGCUGUAAAGAUACGUUUCUCUUCCUGUACCUGCAAAACAUUGUAACUUUGGAAAUAAAUUUGGCUUGCAUGUUGA